CGCACGAGAAGGCGAGCGGACGCCCCGCCAUGCGCCUACACAGCGACGCCCAGUGACAGUUUGACAGUGCCGCCAUGACAGUGACACGAGCUGGUGUGCUUUUGCUGCUCCUCUCCAUCCUCACACCGCACCGCUGCCAGGAUGAUUCCUUCGCCAGCUCCUUCCUUUCAGGUCUUUUGGAUACGCUGGACACCCAGGUGGACGCGAAGAACUGCCCGGGAGUGUGCAUGCACGCGCUGGCGUCACUCAUCUGCUCGAACGUGCUGGACGAAGUCGAGUGCCCCAACCCCUCAAUGAAGUGCUGCGUCGACGAACCGCCCGGUAACGAGACUUUGGCCACAACAAGGAGACCGUUUACGACGCGCUAUACCACCACUGAGGCUGAGAGCGACGAGGAGGACCACACGACGCGGUCACCGCACCACGACAAAUACAAAGACAGUGGAAACAUCGCGUGCCCUGGCGUGUGUGUUGAAGCCAGACUCACACAGUACUGUGAAGCGUAUUUGACUUCUAACGAUCUUUGCGUCCCGGGAAGGCUAUGCUGCGUAUCUAAGGACGGGUACGGAGACAGACCUCCGUCCGACCUGGUUGUACCGAAUGAGAAAAAACACGCUACGAAAAGACCCGCAACCGCGCUGACAACGACUCCUUCUCCAAAGAUCAAACCUAACCGUAAAUGUCGCGGGGAUUGUAUCAGUGGUCUAUUCGCUUUACUUUGCGACCACGUAGACGAGGAUGCGUCAUGUCCAGGGGAGGCCACCUGCUGCCUCACCGAGCCCAAAAUAGCGGAGACUACAAUGCGACCGAGACCUACAACAACUCCUCGGCCCUCCACACCGGUGCCGUUGCCUCGUUGUCCUGGGUACUGUCUGCUAAACAUAAUGGCGGCUUUCUGUGAGCGACCAGCCGUUCUCGUAUCGCACACGCACUGCAAGAUGAGUGGUUCGAUCUGCUGUGACAAUACUAGGGUACCACCCCGUACGACUCAAAGGCCGACGACGACUACGACCACGACGACCACACCAGCACCACCCGCGGACCCACGACCUGACUGUCCAGGAUCUUGCAUUGUGUCGCUGCUUUCUUUCACUUGCUUCCGCAACGCAGAGAUGACUGACGUUUUCAAGUGUAAGAAGAUAGGCACCCAGUGCUGUGCACCCAAGUCCAAGAUCCAGGAAGUGCUGGGCAUCAAAGAGCGUAACGAGACCUACCCUCUUGCCACCAGUGCAGCCACUCAGUAUACGCAUUAUACAACCGCCAUUACACACACGACACCAUUACCUUCAUACGAUCAGCCCAAUUACGAUUCAACAUUAAGAGUUCCUGAGAAAUACAACAAAUACGUGUGUGGUGUCAAAGGGACAUCAUCUCGGACAGGACGCAGUCGAGUGGCGCGAGUGAUGGGCGGUGAAGACGGAGAGCGAGGCGAAUGGUGUUGGCAGGUGGCCCUGAUCAACUCCCAAAACCAGUAUCUGUGUGGAGCCGCCCUCAUCGGCACACAGUGGGUGCUAACUGCUGCGCACUGCGUCACCAACAUCGUGCGUUCCGGCGACGCGAUCUACGUGAGAGUCGGAGAUCACGACCUGACACGCAAAUACGGUUCGCCUGGCGCACAGACCCUGCGUGUUGCAACCACUUACAUUCACCAUAACCACAACAGUCAGACCCUUGACAACGAUAUCGCACUCCUGAAGCUACACGGAAAAGCAGAGCUCAAAGAUGAAGUAUGCUUGGUGUGUUUACCGGCCCGUGGGGUCAGCCAUGCUGCUGGUAAACGGUGCACUGUAACCGGCUAUGGAUACAUGGGUGAAACCGGGCCAAUACCGCUCCGCGUUCGAGAAGCCGAGUUGCCAAUAGUGAGUGACGCCGAGUGCAUACGCAAAGUGAAUGCCGUCACCGAGAAAAUCUUCAUUCUGCCUGCGAGCUCCUUCUGCGCUGGUGGUGAGGAAGGAAAUGACGCUUGUCAGGGAGACGGCGGUGGGCCACUGGUGUGUCAGGAUGACGGGUUCUACGAAUUGGUAGGUCUAGUCUCCUGGGGCUUCGGCUGCGGGAGGCGCGAUGUGCCCGGUGUCUACGUCAAAGUCUCCUCUUUCAUUGGUUGGAUCAACCAGAUCAUCUCUGUAAACAAUCUAUAGUUUGUGGAAGCGUCAAGCGUUAUUACUGCCAAUUUAUGGGCCUCUAUAAACCUUCUGCAGUAACGGAACAUAGUAAUAAAGUAAUAUUAAGAUAGUAUUGGAAUAGCCGUUAAUUUCGAAAAUAUAUCUUUUGUGUUAUCUACAAGUACAGGUAUUUAGAGUAGUUGAAAGUGAUGAGUAAAAUAAGGUUAGUUGUUCUAAUUGUUCAUUAGUUCCUGAUGUUUCGAUGUUAUCGACACUCUGGCUAUAAAUACGACGAAGCGGUUUAGUUUGUCGGAGUUAAAAAAAAUUACAAUCCCCAAAAGGUAUUUUUCUAUUAUAUUCAGAUCGUAAGUAUUCUAAAUGGAAGUCAAAUUGAUGAUUUCAACUGUAUAAGAAAAUAUGUAAAUAAUUAACGUUCACUUUUUUAAGAAUUGUAGCUUAAGUCUGUUUAUAAUUAUUUAUUGGUAUUUAGUAUAAUUUCGAUGGCAUUUAUUUAUAAUUCCCACCAGUUGUAUUCGUUACGCAUGCGCUAUCUCGUUGCUCUUGAUAGAGAAAUAAGUUUUUGCAAGACGUUUGAAACUUUUGCGAGUUUUACACAUUACAAUUGUACUGCUUCAAGUUUCGUAAAGUUCAGUAUAAUAACUUUGAAAUUCAUCUUCAGCUUUUCCUCGAAAGUUUAUGUUAUGUACGCUUCUAGCUUCUAAUAUUAGGUUUACUUUUGUAGGUUCGUAAUUUAGUGAAAACGUGACGACUUUUCAUGCUUGGAGUUGGAA